AUUCAGCAUGGACAACCGGAUGCUGUGCGCUGCUGCUUGUUUGGUGCUCGCUUUAUCAGGUGUGUGUGUCGGUGAGGGUAUCUUACCCGCGGGGCGCCUGAGCGGAGCUGUGGCGGGCACAGUGAUGUUCUCCACCACCCUCAGUCCUCCUGAGAGUCCAUUCCUCUCGGUCAGCUGGAGCUUCAAAGGGGAGAACAUCAUCACCUCCACCAGCACCGACAUCAUCGACCCGGGACAUGCCGACAGGAUCUCAUUAGACCGAGCCACGGGGUCCCUGGAGCUCAGGGGCCUGGUGCUGGAGGACAGCGGGGAGUACACCGUCACCAUCAUACCAGACGGAGGGCUGCAGAAACAGGGGAAGACCGUGCUGCAAGUGUAUGCGCUGAUCUCCGGAGCCUCCAUCCGCACCCCCUCAGCAGUCCUGAUAGAAGACAAAAGCUCCACCAACAUGAGCUGCGAGGCCUCCGGCUCCAUCAGCACCAGGCUGUGGAUGAAGGACGGACAGCCGCUCCGUCCGGAUGGCAGAAUCAGCCUCUCCAUAGCCAACAGGACGGUGUUCAUACAACCGGUCCACAGCUCCAACCACGGAACAUACGAGUGUCGAGUCAGCAACCCGGUCAGCAGCGUGACUGUGGCGCAUGACCUCACCGUCAACUUCGGACCACAUAACAUAUCAAUUACCGGACCUUCAGCAGCAGCACCGGGCCAGAGAGUGACGCUGCAGUGCACAGCAGCCUCCGUCCCACCAGCCAACUUCACCUGGAUGUUCAACGGCAAUGAGACGCGAGUUAAUGACUCCGUGUACAUCAUAGAGCGGCUGGAUGCAGAGCGCUUAGGGAACUACACUUGCACCGCCUCAAACAUGGUGACCAUGCAGGAAAACUCCACAGUUCUGAAUCUAAGAGCGUCGUGCACUGCUCCCUGCUGGUGCGUCUCACUGCUGCUGCUCAGUGCGCUGACUCUGACAGGGUUACUGUAAGAGGAGCAGAUUCUUCCUUCCCUGAUGUUGCUUACGACUGAGGACCAGAAUAAACUGCACAUGAAGUGUUAUGAUGCUGCAGCUUGUCCUUCUUGACGCAACGCGGAAACACAAUUAUCUUUCUUUCAUCAACAUGCAUCUGGUUUAACAAAUUAUAGCACCAUAAAUGCCUUUCAAUGAUCAAAGCAGAUCAUGAGGAAUACUUGGACGUAUGCUCCGCAGCACAGGCAGCAACACAUCCGCUCAUACAUGCACAGUACAUGUGUAUUUCUUUGUUUUGAGUGUUGCUUCCUGAGUAUCAGCACAUUUCCAUAAACUCUUCACAGAAUUCUUGGAGUAUUGUUAUAUUAGUGCAUCACAGUUUGAGCAUUUAAACAAUUGUGUAUAUCAAACUGUACGAAGUGCAUCUUGUAAUAUUCAAAAUAAUCUAUUUUUAAAUGCAUAUUUUGUGAUAUUUGAUCAUCUUGCUGAAGAAAUGACUGUGUACAUUUACAAGAUACAUACGUCUACUUUGUGCCAAAUAUCUGUCCUGUUUACAGCAUGAAAUAAAUUGUAAUUGUUUUACGGCCUGUUAAGGAA